AUGGACGCUGAGGGAGGGGUCCUACCGGGUGGUGCGCCACGCCUGCACCUACUGCUACGCCAGGCCGACGCACGAGUACUGGGGGAUGGACGCGGGCCGCGAUUUCGAGCUCAGCGCGUGUUCGCCAAGGUGAACGCCCACGAGGUGCUGCGCCAGGAGCUCAAGCGAAAGAUGGUAAGAGUUGCGUGCGUGCGUGCGUCAAUCAGCUCAUCGGCCUCACCAGCGUCGGACCCCUACGAGCCGGCGGAUGCGGAGUACCAGCUCACUCGAAAUGUGCUGCAGGUACUGGUUGACUUCGCCAACCCCUGCUCCAUCACCACCAAGGGAGUGCUCGUGCGGCGCGACGUCGACCUGCUGCGGGAACUGAGCGAAGUCGCCGAGGUCAGUGUGAACUUCAGCAUCGGCACCGUUGACGACGAAAUCUGGAAGCAGAUGGAGCCGGGAGCUCCGCGGCCGCAGUCGCGGCUGGAGGCGAUGCAGCACCUCGUGGAGAACGGCAUCAACGCGGGCGUGAUGAUGGCGCCUCUGCUGCCCGGCAUCAGCGACCAUGAGGAGAACAUCGCCGCGGUCGCCGAGGCGGCGCACAACCACGGAGCGCAGUUCCUCGGGUCCAAUGUGCUGUUCCUCAAGCCCGGCUCCAAGGAGUGGUUCAUGCCCAUGCUGAAGGAGACCUACCCGCAUCUCGAGCAGGCCUACGCCAAGCUGUACCGCAAGACCUAUGCGCCCGAGGAAUACACCAGGAGUGUGCUGUCCAUCGUCGACCGGGAGCGCCGCCGCUGGGGUCUCCACAAGCGGGAAAGGGACCCGGCCCCCAGGCCGGUGAGGGGUCAGCUGCAAUUCAGCUUGACGGAGGAAACGCCGAGGCGGCGACGCAAAUCGACCCCAGCCACACCUGUGCCCCAAACAGGCCAGCUGGAACUGGCGCUCACCGCCUAG